AUGGGGGCAACGCCUCUUACCUUUGAUGAUGCGAAAGUUGGCAUGCGCGUCCAGGAUUACUGGGGCUGCUGCGGCACGCUACGUUGGAUGGGGAAGCUCGAGAAUGACAAUUCGCCUAACAAGGAAACAGGCAAGUUCUUCGGUAUCGAGUACAACGACGAGAGUGACAAUCCGCUGCGCAGCAAUGGCACCUGGAACGGCCGCAAGUACUUUGAGUGCGGGCCGCGUAAAGGCCUUCUUGUGAAGGUAGGCCAGGUUUACGCUGAGAUCAACACCGAGCGGGUGGCGAUGCUUCGGGAGCGCUUUGGGGAUCGCGUCGCGACGUGGCACGACUUUGAGCUGGUGAAGUUCUGCAUUGCGCAGCGGUUCGAUAUGGAAAAGGUCUAUGAGAUGCUAGAAAGGCAUCUGCAGUGGCGCGAGAGAUUCCAGCCGUGCGCCGACGAGUACUUCCCUCAGGCGAUUCGUGAGGAUUAUCCGUGCGGCUACACAGGCACUACCGACUACGACGAGAACCUCAUUUACUGCGAGCGUCCCGGCAAUGCCGGUCGCUGCCACGCCUCCGAGUUUGUGCGCAAGCACACGCUGCCGGUAAUUGCGCGGUGGCACGCGUGUGUGAUCGAAAUGGGCAUUGCGCGCAUGCGCCCCACGAACUACCGCUCCAAGCGAGUAUGCUGCAUUGUGGAUCUGUUGGACGUAAAAGCCAUGCCGCGUUCGAUGAUUGGCUUUGCGCAGACGCUGGCAGCGGUGAAGCAGGACAACUACCCUGAGAACCUAGGGCGCAUCUUUAUAGUGAACUGCCCCACGCUUUUCUGCUUUGCCUGGAAGCUGCUGAAGAUCUUUAUCGACGAACGCACCAAUAAAAAGAUUAAUUUCUGCGCUCCAAACAAGGCGGUGGAAGCGAUGUUAGCGGUGAUGCGGAAGGAGGACAUACCGAACUUCUGCGGCGGGCCCAGCAACAAGUGGAUGGAAACGGCCAACGGCAUCAUCGGCUCGACGAACCCGAAAAUGGUGUACAAAGACGAGGACUACAACCUGCCCAAGAUGACGGGCGAAGAGUUGAAUGAGAUGCAGUUGCGAGCUGAUAGCGAGAGCCCCCUCAGGAGCCUUCGCGGAGGUGAAGCGCCGACGACCACGCGCUCGAUCGGGCCCGCCACGGUGCCCGCGAGCUUCACACCCACCAGUAGCCCCAAACUGCCUGUGGAGCCGAAGACCACCUCUAAGGCGCAGAGCAGCAGUGAUGCGGCGAGCGACAAUAAGUGA